UCUAUAGCUCAUCGUCCCCCCUUCUGAAGCCGGCGCCGCCUCCGGAACCUUCUAGAAACCUCUCCCUUCUCCCCCAGCUCCGGCGUACGCUCUCCUCGCCUGCCAUGGCCGACGCCACCGCCGCCCUCUCAGCUCGGAGCAAGGUGCAAGGCUUCCUGGAGGCCGCGUGCUCCGGCGACCUCGAUGCCCUCAGGAAGCUCGGCUCAGCGCUCGAUGAGGACGGGAAGGGCGCGGCCGCCGUGGCCGCCGGCGUGAGGGACGCCAACAAGCGCACCGCGCUGCACUUCGCGGCACGGGAGGGGCGGACAGAGGUCUGCCAGUUCCUCGUCGAGCAGCUCCGCCUCCCCGUUGACACCAAGGACGACGAUGGUGAGACUCCGCUCAUCCAUGCGGCGCGGCAGGGCCGGCUGCAGACCGCGGAGUACCUGCUCGGCCACGGUGCUGACCCUUCCAUUGCGUCUAAUAUGGGAGCCACGGCACUGCAUCAUGCUGCGGGGAUAGGACACAUAGAGCUUAUGAAGCUUUUGCUUGGUAAGGGGGUUGAUGUCGAAUCCGAAAGUGACGCCGGUACUCCCCUUGUUUGGGCUGCUGGUCAUGGACAGCAAGAGGCAGUCAAACUUCUGCUCCAACACAAUGCUAAGCCAAACAAUGAAACUGCUGAUGGUAUCACAUCACUGCUGUCUGCUGUUGCUGCUGGUUCCAUCCCAUGCUUGGAGGUUCUAAUCCAGGCAGGUGCAAACCCAAAUGUCACGGCUGGUGGAGCAACCCCAUUGCAUAUUGCUGCAGAUAGUGGAAAUCUGGAAAUGGUCAAAUGUUUGCUUCUAGCUGGAGGUGACCCAAAUACCACUGAUGAUGAUGGACUAAAGCCCAUACAGGUUGCUGCAUUAAGGGAUAACCUUGAAGUCGUGGAACAUCUUUUACCAUUGACUUCUCCAAUCCCAGGCGUUUCGAACUGGACUGUUGAUGGAAUAGUAGAGUACACAUUGUCUAAAAUGGCUGAGGAAAAGGCACAAGUGAACGAAGCAGCUAGUUUAAAGAGCCGACAACCCGUUGAGGUGUCACCUGAGGCGAAAAAGAGAUCCUUGGAAGCCAAAUCGAGAGGCGACGAUGCCUUCAGAAGAAAGGACUACCUAAUAGCGGUGGAUGCCUAUACACAGGCUAUCGAGUUCGACCCGAACGAGGCUCCGCUGUUUUCGAACAGAAGCCUCUGUUGGCUGCGGGCAGGGCAAGGCGAGCGUGCGCUGGAGGAUGCGAGAGCGUGCCGGGCACUGAGGCCGGACUGGGCAAAGGCUUGCUUCAGGGAAGGUGCCGCUCUGCGCCUGCUGCAGAGGUUCGAAGAAGCCGCGAAUGCCUUCUACGAGGGGGUGCAGCUUGAGCCUGAGAACAAAGAGCUCGUGAGCGCAUUCAGGGAGGCGGUGGAGGAGGGGAGGAGGUUCCACGGGACGGACAAGCCUGCGAACGGAAAGCAGUCUGAAUGAGACCGAUGAUGUGACAAACCGAAGUUGCGCUAGCUGCUUGGAUGAGCAUCUGUCUAUCUAGAAUGGCAUCUGCAAUCCAUUCCCUCUUGGUCAAGGAAGAUGCCCUCAAAUUCGAUUAGAAAUUUAGCCAGGUUUUGUAACUUGAUUCGCACUGUAUGAGUAUGAGUACUGCCGUGAUAGUUAUCAGUCAGAGAGGGAAAUCUGGUUUGUGAAACAGACACGGAGAUGAUCUGAAGCGAGAGCACUUGCAUAUUGUGUGAGUGUGAGUAGAUGUUACAAAUGGCCUGUUAUGAGUAACGUCUGGCGGAUUUUCCUUUUCAAUAUUAUUACCAUCAUCAUUUACUUUGAUUA